AAUAAGUAGCCUAUAUUGUUUUAAAUUGUUUUAGCUAUAUUAUCAACACCUAGGCUGUAUUGCCGUGCUGAAUUUGUUUCCCUCUCGUCCACUUGGAGGAAUUAUUGUCCUAUUCUAAAUAGCCUAAAUGAAACAACAUGAAAUACCAUCUCCAGCAACUGGGUGGGGAUGGAGUGACAUCACGACCAUAUAAAUAUAAUGCAGCCUACAGGCAGCUCAUAACGACUCAUAACGACACACAGACAACUGCGGAAGACCGGGACCGAGUCUCUGAAUAUCGAAGACAAGCGAUGAAGCCUGGUUGUGUAUCUAAGUUCCUGGUACUAUGUUUUAUCCUCAACAUAUCAAAGUCUAUGGCCGAACAUGACGACGGUCGAGGCUUUGUUGGCAUCGAGAAGGAGAAGAAUGCAAACAACAGAAGUGUGAAUAUCAGCGUCGGAAGUGUGAUCAUCAGCGUCAGAAGUGUGACCAUCAGCGUCGGAGAUGAAACGGUCUUGAAGAGUCGGCUGACCACAGUCUUCCUCCCCAUCGUCUACAUCAUCGUAUUUGUCGUGGGUCUGCCUGCCAACGCUCUGGCCCUCUGGGUGUUUCUAUUCCGGACUAAGAAGAAGAACCCGUCCUCCAUCUUCAUGGCCAACCUGGCGCUGUGUGACCUGCUCUUUGUCAUCUGGAUCCCUCUGAAGAUCACCUACCACUUAAACGGCAAUAACUGGAUCUACGGCGAGGGUCUGUGCAAGGUCCUGGUGGGGUUCUUCUACGCCAACAUGUACUGCUCCACCGCCUUCAUUGCCUGCAUCAGCAUUCAGCGCUACUGGGGUGUCAUCCAGCCAUUGUCCCGGCAACGAAAGGACAACACUGUGAGCGUGGCCGUCUCCGUGUUGAUCUGGCUGGCGGUCUGGGUCCUAACCACGCCCCUCUUCCUGUACGACCAGACGGUGAGGGUCAGCAACAUGGACAUCGUUACGUGCCAUGACGUCACCCUUCGUAGCCAGAGGGAGUUGGCGGCCGGCUACUUCCUGACCAUGGGCAUCCUGGGAUUCGUAGUGCCGGCGGCGGUGUGCGUGGUGGCCAACGUGCUGAUGCUCAAGGCCCUGCGGAGCUCCAUGACGGACAAGGCCAUCGCCAAGAUACGACACAAGGCAGUGCUGCUGAUCAUCACCGUGCUGGUCAUGUUCCUGGUGUGCUUCAGUCCCAGUAACAUCAUGCUGCUGGUGCACUACAGCCUCCUGCUUGCCCAGAUAAGUAACACCAGCUACAACUUCUACAUCAUCACCCUGUGCCUGGCCAGCCUCAACAGCUGCAUCGACCCCUUCGUCUACUACUUUAUCUCGGAGGACUUCCGCGAACACGUACGAAACACACUCAUCUGCCGCAGCCAGCGCAAGGCAGAGCGCAUGCGUUUGUCCUUUAGUGCCUCGGUUCUCAAAGUGGGGUCCCCGGACCCCCGGGGGUCCGUGGCGCGUUGCCAGGGGGUCCGUGAAGAGCUUGUUGUUACAACAUAA